UAACUUUGUGUGUAUAUAUAUGCUUUAUGAUUUGGUUUGUGUGUGAUUUAAAACCUAAACAUUUAAGGCCAUGGGAUCGAUGAAGAUCAGUAAGAAGGCUUGGCUAUUCGUAUCGUGUGUCGCUCUGCUCAUUUUACUAGCAGGAGGUGAAACUAUCUCGUCCGAAGAGAAGCCUAUGCAGGGAAGGUGCACUUACAUCAUAACAGUCCAAACGUCGUGCACAAACGGCGCCGAAACCUCCAGUCCCGUCAGCCUGAGGUUCGGUGAUGCUAACUCCACUGACAUCCUCAUCCGCCGCCUGAAUACCAAGCAUGCUAAACAGCUCGACCCGCUCCAACCUGAUCACCACCGUCCACUCGAGGACGAUGCUGAUCCCAUUCCCGUAAAGCUGUUCCAGGCAUGCUCGGUUGACGAGUUUCAAGUUGCCAGCGGAUGUGUGGAAUCACCUAUAUGUUACCUCUACCUUAAGCUCGUCGGAGCUGAUGACUGGAGGCCGGGAUCUGCACGAGUGGACGUGAUCGAGAGGGCGGGCCUCAGCUCCCAGCAGUUCCGCUUCCGGCGGUUCCUGCCCCGACGGGCCUGGCACGGGUCGGAUCUCUGUGGCGGGGAGUUAACCCCUUUUGGAGUCAAGCGCCAGGGCAAGGAGGCCGUCAAGAAGCUGGUUAUUUGAACCUUUUUGUCUUGUAUAGAAAAUGUUAGUACAAUUUAUCCGGCUAACUGAAAAGAUAACAUUCCAAUCUGUUUACCAAAAACAAAUAGUGUUUUUUUUAA